CCUUAAACUGAUGAGUAAGGAAAAUAACGACGCGGGGUGACGCCCGUGUCCUCGUAACAAUUGCGAGAUGAAUUUUUGAAAGGGCAUAGGUCUACCUGUUGAGGUGACUCGCUUACUUCGCGAGAUGCCUCGCAGGAUUAGGACCUUUCCCCGAAACCCUCUUAUGUGAAAUGUAACAACCGAUCGAUCUUACGAAGAAAAGAAAGCACACGGUAAUGUGGCCUAGUCGGUAAUUUUGUUCCCUCCGCGACUUUACAAUUUUUAUAGGCUAAUUAAAUCGGAGUCCCCGACAUAUAACACAGCUUGAUCAAAUCAUUUCUAAAGCAGGAGACACUCGUGAGCGCAUAAUGAAGUGCCUCGGUACCCAUGAGCCUUUGCGACAAAUUGUCACAACAAGUAGGUUUAGUUCCAUAAACAUCGUUAUCGGUCAAUGAAAAAGCAUGCAACAUGUUAUUCUUAAAGACAGUUUUGCCGUGUAUAAAUAAAUAAUAAUACAAUUGACUGUUGUCAUCAAGCCAACUCACGAAACCGUGACAGAGAGUACCUGGACACUGUCACUACAGCGGUGGUUGCAACCCUUGUUACUUUGAACCUUAAACCAGUAAGCCAGAACAACAGAAACACGGUAUAAUGACUGUGUCCUCGUGUCAAGGUAGAGAGCGACUUUAUGAAAUGGGCACGGGCCUUCCUGUUGAAGUGAUUCGCUUACGUCGCGAGAUUCCUCGCAGGAUUGGAACCUGCCCCGACACCCUCAGCUGUACAAUAACUGAUCUUGUCUAGAAUAAGAAAAAUAAAUGGGUUUACUCCAUGUCUAAACAUGUAACAUUGGCAAAUCAAACCGCAGUCCCCAAUAUUUCACGCAGCUUGAACAAAUCAUUUCUUUUCAAGAGUAAUAGAAUUGUGAGAAAUGAAAACCACCAUCUAGUCCAACCAAAUUGGGCCUAACACAGAUUUUCCUAAAUAUAAUAAUGGGCCUUAAUAUAUACAUAAGGUGUGCACACAGUUUCGUUACAGCCAGUAUUAUACACGAGAAUCUGACAAUAAAAACGGUAUGACUCAGUAAGACUACAAGUCCCAGCAUGCAGCGGGGCCGGCGCAGAUCCAACCUGCGAGGUCUGCGUGUGGGUGCUCUCGAGCUCUUCAUCUCAGCUGCUUCACGUCGCUGCCUCUCGGAUCCGCGAAGUCCGUCCGAGGAGAAAUGGCUGCGGCGCUGUCCCGUGCUCUCAAGCUGCCCGGGAAGAAGGGCUCAGAGCUUGGGGAGUACGACCCUCUCACCCAAGCAGACAGCGAGGACGAGAGCGAAGAGGACGAUCUCGUGCUCAACUACCCCAGAAAUGGCCUCGGCAGGGACAGCUGCCUUGGUGGCCGGUCGGGAAGACUCGUAGUGGCCAACGACGAGGCACAGGAGGACGACGAGGACGACGAGGUCGAGUGGAGAGAGCGGCUCCCCAGCAAAUGCAGGCAGGACAGAGACAAUGUGAAAGGCCCGGCAUACUGGGGCCACAGGGACUCGGGCAGGGACAGGGCGGGGGAGGACAAAGGGGGGCCUUGUCCACUCGGGGGCACCGGGCUGGGGGUUCACAGUACGGAGGCAGAGGCGAAGAAGCUGAGGAUGAAGAACGCUAUCCGAAGUGCGUUGUUCUUGGUGCCUCUGGUUUGUGCCAUGCUGGUCGUGCUGCUAUGCGCUUUCCUGAUUCCUUGCCAGAAAGGAGAGCUGGAGAAGCGGCCUCAGUGGGAGAGAGCCCUGGGAGAUGCAGGAGGUGUCGCUCCACCCGCGCUGGCGUUGUGGGACGUCGACGGUGAUUCGGUGGAGGAUGUGAUCCUCGGCGUCGCUGAGUGGACCAACGACACCCGUCCCACACAACGGAGCAAAAUUUACAGUGCCGUGGCGCUGUCUGCUGUCAGCGGCCGGGUGCUGUGGAGGAACGUCCUGUCGGAGUCUAUGAUGUACAUCCAGUGUGGUCUGCAGUUCAGCUCCCAGCCGUCCUCCGUGUGUCUCCUCAUCAGCAAAUACGUCCUCACGGCAGUCAAUGGCACCACAGGGAAGAAUUUGACGUCAGUCCAGCUCAAGAACAUUGAAUCCCAGGCGGUGCUACUUCCAGACCUGCAGGGCGACUCAGUCCCGGAUCUGCUCAUUGCAACACUGCCUGCAGAUGAGGCUUUGGAUCUCUCCCUGACCUUGAUCUCUGGGCUGACGGGGGCUCAGCUUGGACUUCCCGUGCCGUUCAACCUCACCGGACAGGGAAAGCUGAUUGGCCCUCUGCUGCACGAGACACAGAAAGGGGCAUAUUACAUCCUCUUCGGACUGGGCAAUGUGGAGGCCAUCUCUCUGCGUGACAUUUACAUCCGCGCCACUGGCAAAAUUCCCAUGACGCAGGCGCUUAGAAUUAAGGAUCCAAAGUGGGAGGAACUAAGGAAAACCAACUCCUCCUCCUUCAUAGACAUUUACAGAGGAUCCGAGCCCGUGGAGUUCAUGCUUCCUCUCGUGGCGGGAUUUGGCAACAACCGCAACAGCCUGGACUCUGUUUCAAACCUGAACUCCAGCAGGAGCGACUGGGUGCUGGUGUACGGCUCCAGCAAACUGUCAGUGCUCAGACAGCGGGACAUGCGUAAGAAAUGGACCUUCAACUCACCACCUAUUCACAGCCAACCAGCCCCGGGACACUUCAAUGAUGAUGGAAUACUUGAUCUUUUCUUUCAGCAUUCAGCGAAUGGUAUUAUGCAGGCACAAGUCGUCGAUGGAGCAACUGGGCACAUCCUCUGGUCGGCAGAGUUUGUGUGUCCUCGCCUUGUUUUGCAAACUUCUGCAAUUUACACUUCAACUGGCCAAUCAGCGUUCCUCUUCUGGGCUAGCGAACCAAUCAAUGUGCAGAAGAACGUUACCAAGACAACUGUGGCGCCAGGUGUUGCUGCAGCAGAGCCUCUCAUCAGAAAACUCUUCCUGCUGCACCCUGCAUAUCCCACAAUCCUGCUGGAGCUCACUAGCACCACAGACACCACGGUCACCUCUGCGGUGAGUUAUGAGGAGCAUCAGAAGGACGCCUCCUACAUCACCGUCUCCUCCCGGCCCACGCCAGACUCAGGGCCCAGCGCACGGAUAGUCAAGAGCAUGAGCCUCAGAGCGGCGAUCACCAAAGGACAAAUUGUCCGACUGGGGGAGAGCAACAAGACAGGCGCACAAAUCAAACCCGGCGUGUUUGAGGUCAACAAGUUCUUCAGGCGUCUGUCCUUCAGACGUCAGUAAUGGGUUUGCCACUGCUGCCAUGCCCCGUGUGACACGAAACGGUACAACUAAGAAGGGUCUCGUGUGUGGAUGAAACGGAUACGAGCUGUGGAUGGCUCUGCACCAGGAGGCACUUAAGAAUCCAUUUCAAUUUCUUUUACUUGACAAAGAGAUUUCUUUGCUACAUACAAAAAAAGGUUAAUUUGUAUGUAGAGAUUUUGUUUUGCAUUCCUUUUGGUUUGGAUUGUGUUAUGUUGUACAGUGAAAAUGCUUAUUUAAACUAUUUAACUUGCAUAUAGGGACAUCUGUAAAAAAUUGAAUUGAAUGUUUUAUGAUCUUGUGGACUUGAUGGGUGAAGUUUCACUUUGUACUGCAGUUUGCUGCUGACUUAAGAUGAAAGAUGACUCUAAAUGUGUUUACAGUAUGCACUACUUCUUUAACUCUUCCAAGGCCAGUACAUUCAUGUGGCGUCUUCCUCCCAGUCACAUGCAGUUUGUCAUUAUAGCCACUAAUAGUGUUCUUUCACCAACUUUACUAGUAUAGGAAGUGUGUAAAUAUUUAAUGCUGUACAGUAUUUAUUGAUUUGCUUAUUUUAUCUUUUUUUUGUUGUUGUUUGAUUUAUCCUGUCAGAUUUUGUAUGAUUAUAUUAUUAACCACUGCUCGUUUUCUCUGAUCAUGUGGCUGCUAAGAAGUAUGGCAUUAUAAAGUGUAAGCUGCAACUUCACAUAUUGCAAGAGAAUAUCAUGAACAAUGA